GCUGCCGGACCCCGCAACCGCCGGCGUCCGGCUCCGCCCUGCGCGGGCCGCGCGGCCGCGCCCCACGCCCCCUCGCCCGGUGGCCCCUGCCCCUGCCGCCGACGGCCACCGCCCCCCGUCGUCCAGCCCCUGCCCCGCGUCGGCGUGCCGCGCGGGCCUCUCCACCGCCCGCGUCGGCGCGGCUCCGCCCCGGCCGCGGCCAGAGCCCGCCGGCUGCCGCCCCGCCUUCCAGCUCCGUCCACGGCCCAAGCCUGCCGACCGCUGCCUCCGGCCAGCGCCCGCCGGCCACAUCCGGCCAGCCGGCGGCCGUGGAGGCCCCCGCCCCCGGUGCUUGCUUCCUGCCUUAGCUGCUGCAGUGGUGCUGGUCUGCUGUGCGGCCAUUGCUAUUGCUGUUGCUGGACUUCUGGAGGGUGGAGGCCGUCGAGCGUUCCCCCAGAGGCAGUCGCCCACUCGUCCAGACCCUUAACCCCUGGAGGGUGGCGGCGGCGGGCGAGGGCCACGAGCAGCGGCCAGCAGCCCAACACGGACGCUCGGGCGUGCGGCGCGGCGGCCCGUCGCUGUGGAGGCCAGUGCCACCAGCGCGGCAGCGUGGUAGCUGGACUAGAGCACGGGCCGCGUCUGCACUGCAGGCGGACGGCCCACGGCCGGACGGGCAGAGAUAAGUGGCUCGCUGCGUCAAAUUGCACCAGGCUCGGCGUAGCGGAGCGGGAGGGGUCCAUCCGGGCGUUGAUUGGGUUCGUUCCGUCGUAUCUCAGUAAGUGUUUCAGAGCGCCCUUCGCUCCCACCUUGCCCCAGGGUUGGAUUCCCAUUCAGUUUGAUGUUGAUUGCCCACCAUGACGAGUCCGCCUAGGGUGAGCAUGGAGAUCACUGACGAGAUGCUCAAGAGCAUGGAGGUCGGCCUGGCCUUCCGGGAUUACAAUGGCAGAAUUAGUUCUAUGGAUUUUCAUAGCAAGGCUACGAACUAUCUUGUGACAGCCAGUGAUGAUGAAUCAAUCCGCCUGUACGACACUCAAAAUGCAGUAUGUUUGAAGACUAUUAAUAGCAAAAAAUAUGGGGUUGAACUUGUGUGCUUCACUGAUAACCCAACUCUUGUCUUAUAUUCAUCGAAAAAUGGCUGGGAUGAGUCUCUGCGUCUACUCUCACUGAAUGAUAACCGCUUUGUUAGAUAUUUUAAAGGCCACCUUGACAGGGUUGUCUCUAUCUCAUUUUGCUCUGAGAAAGAAAAUUUUCUCUCUGGUUCACUUGAUCGAACCGUUCUCUUAUGGGAUCAGCGGGCUGAAAAAUCACAGGGCUUACUGCGUGUGCAAGGGAGGCCUGCAGUUUCAUAUGAUGAUCAGGGCAUGGUAUUUGCUGUUGCCUAUGGUGGUCACAUAAGAAUGUUUGAUGCUCGAAAAUUUGAAAAGGGGCCUUUUGAGAUCUUCGCUGUUGGUAAUGAGGAUUCAGAAGCUCAUGUCAUAAAGUUCAGCAGUGAUGGCAGGCGGAUUCUGUUGACCACCAAAGCUGGGCGUGUUCUUGUGAUAGAUUCAUUCCAUGGCAACAACAUUGCAUCGUACAAUGUGAAACCAGUGGUAACCAAUUCAAUGCUGGAGGCAUCGUUCAGUCCUGAUGGAAACCAUAUCAUAUCUGGAUCUGGUGAUGGCAGUGUUUAUGCCUGGAACGUUAGGAGUGGAAAGGUUGCGCGCUGGGGAAGCACAGAUAAUGAACCGCCACUAGUAAGGUGGGCUCCAGGAUCGUUGAUGUUUGUGACAGGAUCAUCAGAACUGUCCUGCUGGGUUCCUGAUUUGUCCAAGUUGGGAUCCUUCAGCGUCACCAAGUAGCUGGAAAUUAUAUGAGGUGGACCUCCCUUGCUUGCCCCGCUUGUCUCUGUAAAUUCUUCAUUGUGGCCCAGUUGAUGUGGCUCAUUAGAGUAUCAGGAUAUAACCUAUUACCUAAACACCUUCUCAUCCUUGGUACUCAUCUGGCUUGUUAACCUGUUAUAAUUGAAUGGACUCUUAGGCCAUCAGCUGCGAAUGAGGAACUAUAGCGAAGCAUCUGUCUGAAUGACUUUGAUCCUUGGGUA